CAGUCAUUGAAUAUUCAAACAGUAGAAACUGUUGGCUGCCCACGAUCAUUCAAAUGGUGCGCUUCAACACCAGCAAUAAAUGUCUACUUCUACAAUAGUCUCUAUGUGAUUCUGUUUGGUGUAGCAUUUCCACUUGUCAAUGUGCAUUUAGCAGCAAUGUUUUGCGCAUGUCUAGGUCCACGCCGUCAAGGUACUUUGCAAGGCGUUAAUAUAUUGAUAUCCAGUUUGAGUCGUGCGCUUGGACCCGUUCUCAUUAUGUAA